UCGUUGCCUUCGUUUUUUUCUUUUUCUUGUUGAACGUUUGGAGAGGGGAAGUCGGGGCAGGAGGAAGAGCUGCCCACAAGAGGGACAAGGGGGGCAAGGGCUUCUCGGCGCCGGGUUCAUGAUGGACGUGGCGGACCCGCAGCAACUGGGCAUGUUCACGGAGGGCGAGUUGAUGUCUGUGGGCAUGGACACCUUCAUCCAUCGCAUCGACUCCACCGAGGUCAUCUACCAGCCCCGCCGCAAGCGGGCCAAACUCAUCGGCAAGUAUCUGAUGGGCGACCUGCUUGGGGAGGGCUCCUACGGCAAGGUGAAGGAGGUGCUGGACUCGGAGACUCUGUGCAGGAGAGCGGUCAAAAUCCUUAAGAAGAAGAAAUUGCGGCGGAUCCCCAACGGGGAGGCCAACGUGAAGAAGGAGAUCCAGCUACUGAGGCGGCUGCGGCAUAGAAAUGUCAUCCAGCUGGUGGAUGUGCUGUACAACGAGGAGAAGCAAAAGAUGUAUAUGGUAAUGGAGUACUGUGUGUGUGGCAUGCAAGAGAUGCUGGAUAGUGUGCCUGAGAAGCGGUUCCCUGUGUGCCAGGCCCACGGGUACUUCUGCCAGCUCAUCGAUGGCCUGGAAUACCUGCACAGCCAGGGCAUCGUGCACAAGGAUAUCAAGCCUGGCAACCUGCUGCUCACCACUAGCGGCACGCUCAAGAUUUCCGACCUGGGUGUUGCUGAGGCCCUACACCCGUUUGCUGUGGACGACACCUGCCGGACUAGCCAGGGCUCCCCAGCGUUCCAGCCGCCUGAGAUUGCCAAUGGCCUGGACACCUUCUCUGGUUUCAAGGUGGACAUCUGGUCAGCUGGAGUCACGCUCUACAACAUCACAACGGGCCUGUACCCGUUCGAGGGGGACAACAUCUACAAGCUGUUUGAGAACAUCGGGAAGGGGGACUUCACGAUCCCUGGUGACUGCGGCCCCCCGCUCUCCGACCUGCUCAAAGGGAUGCUGGAGUAUGAGCCGGCCAAGAGGUUCUCCAUACGGCAGAUCAGGCAGCACAGUUGGUUCCGGAAGAAACACCCUUUGGCUGAGGUACUGGUGCCCAUCCCACCAAGCCCGGACACCAAGGACCGGUGGCGCAGUAUGACAGUGGUGCCAUACCUGGAGGACCUACAUGGCCGUGCUGAGGAAGAGGAUGAGGACCUCUUCGACAUCGAGGAUGGCAUCAUCUAUACCCAGGACUUCACUGUGCCUGGUCCUGGAGGAGGAGGCCAGUCAGAAUGGACAGAGCUAUGGCCUGCCCAAGGCUGUAUGCAUGAAUGGCACAGAAUCAGCACAGCUGAGCAGCAAGUCGAAGACAGAAUGCCGGGCUGGUGCCACCCACCCUGCCCGCAAGGCCUGCGCCAGCAGCAAGAUCCGCCGGCUGUCAGCCUGCAAGCAGCAGUGAGAGUAUCUCCUGCAGCCUGUCACCAGGACCCUCAGCCAGGUACCACGAUCCAGGCCCUCCUCAGUCUUCCUGCAGGUUCCCAGCCCAUCACCCACCAGGGAAAGUGGCUGCCAUGUCUCUAUGCUGAGUGCUCAGGACGUCAGGAGCACAAUGGCCGGGCAGGGGGUCAGCAGGGACCUGGGCCCAGCCUUCCCCUGGGCUGUCUGCACACAGCAGCACUGGACAGUGGACAGGACUUCACCCUGCAGUCCUGUGAGGAGCCUUCCCCAGUCUGGGGAGGGAGAGGCCUGGCCUCCGAGACGCACUUUAUGUUUAGACUACUGGCUCUCCGUCGCCCCCAUGGUGGUUUUCACUGCUGUGUUAGGGCCUCCCACACCUGCUGAUGUGUGGGGAUGCUCGGCCACAGAAGGCCGGAGACCAGACUUCCUGUCAACCGCCUUGCAUGCAGAAUUGCCCGAGGGAGCCUCGGCUGCCUUGUUUUUGUUGUUUGGUUGGUUCCUUUCUUUUUUCUAAUAAAACAGGUGGAUUUGA